CAUGCGUGCUGCGAUCCUGCAGGAUUCCUCCUAUCUGAGCCGCAGUACCCUUCGGACCGCCGGUGGGGGCAGGCGUUUUCGUCGCCCGCUCUCCGGAGUCGCGAAAUCGGAGGGUGUUAGUGGUGGUUUUGAAUAUGGAUGUGUUUAAAAGGUCGGGUGACUUCGGUGUGUGAAUAAAAUAUAGGUACACCCAAGAGCAGAGAAAACGGCCUUUUGAAUAAAUAAUCAACAAAUAAUGUGUAAAUAAUAUAAGUGCAAGUGAUAAACGAAAGUGAAAAAGUGAACAGUCAAAAAAACCAAUGAGAGUGACAAAAAAGUGAAGUGACCAAAAACAAAAUGCGUCGUCGGCAAUUACCACCCGUUCGCGAAGAACCUAAAAAAAUAAUUUGUGAUAACGACUGGAUAAUUUAUACUCUAGUGGCUUCUAUAGCUGCUAUAACGUAUUCUAACAGUUUAAACGGUGACUUCGUUCAUGACGACAUUCCAGCUAUUGUCACGAACGGGGAUGUGACGGGAGCGAACACGGUUGUGACAGUGUUUAAGAAUGACUUCUGGGGCACGCCAAUGAGUGAUCCUGGGAGUCACAAGUCGUACCGACCGCUCACUACGCUGACUUUCAGACUGAACUACCUCUUCUCGGGCCUCUCCCCCUGGUACUGGCAUGUCACCAACGCGUGUCUCCACUGCGUUAGUUGCACGCUAGUCGCGCGCGCGAGCGCGACAAUCGCGCGGCUACGGCGGCCGUUCGCAGCGCUCGCUGGGCUGUUGUUCGCGCUGCACCCUGUACAUAGUGAAGCGGUAGCAGGAGUGGUGGGCCGGGCUGAUGUGCUGGCUUCCAUAUUCUUCCUGUCAUCAAUACUCAUGUACCACGGAUGCUCCAACCGCUACCGGGCUUGGUGGAGCGUGGUCCUGGCUGCCCUCAGCAUGCUGGCGAAGGAGACUGGCCUCACUGCGUUGCUAGUCAACAUAGUCUUGGACCUCUACAAGAGUUGGCCUGGACCAAGGUGUUCCCUCAUGGUGAAAUGGCGUUGGAAAGGCGACGCGUGCGCACGCAUCACCAUUGCGUUAGCGGGACUGGUGUUGUUGGCGACGGCCAGAGUGGCCCUUCUGCAGGGCUCGCUGCCUGCGUUCUCACCGCAGGACAACCCACCUGCGUUCCAUUCUGCAUUCCUGGUCAGGCUAAUGACGUUCUGCUACCUGGCGGCAUUCAACUGGUGGCUACUCCUCUGCCCGUGGACCCUAAGCCAUGAUUGGCAGAUGGGGUCCGUCCCAUUGGUAACCAGCGGAUGGGAUCCUAGGAACCUUCUUACGGUUGCUGCCUUGAUUGUACUGAUAGCACUAUCGUAUAGAUGCUGGAUAGAUUUGGAGUUCCAAAGACACACCCCUGCUGCAGUGGGUCUGAUGCUGUUGGUGAUACCAUACCUGCCGGCAUCGAACCUGCUAGUCACCGUCGGCUUCGUGGUUGCCGAGAGGGUGCUGUAUUUGCCAAGCGUGGGCUCAGUGAUCCUCACAGCCUACGGGAUCCAGCUCCUCUGGCAUCGCUCCAACCGGCGUCUGCUGGUUGUAGGAACAGCUAUCCUGGCUGCGAGCUUCGCAGCAAGAACUAUUCUGAGGAACCAGGAUUGGAGGACCAGAGAGACGCUUUUGAGGGCGGACUUGGCGGUGUUACCGCAUAACGCCAAACUGCACUACAACUUCGCAAACUUCUUGAAAGACAAGGAGCAACAAGAAAAUGCUAUCAAACACUAUAAGGAAGCAUUAAAGUUAUGGCCGAGCUACGCCAGUGCGCACAACAACCUUGGCACGCUGGUGAUUGCAUCAGGCCGGGCUGAGCACCAUUUUCUGCAGGCGCUCAAAUACAACAGGGACCAUGUCAACGCGCACUAUAAUCUCGCCAAACUAUACAGGAAGAAAAACCGCCUCGCCGACUCUCUCAAAAUGAUAGAACGGUGCCUAACCCUGGAGCCUCGCUUCGUCCAGGCCUACGUGGAACUGCUCCACCUGAAGAGUGAAGACCAGAAGAAGGGGAUCCUGGACAAAUUGCUGGAGAUAGAGCCGAGGAACUGGGAGCACUAUGUGCUGUAUGGGAACUGGUUUAAGGGCAGAGGGCUUCUACCCAUCUCUCUAAAUUACUACAUGACCGCCUUGAAACUCUCUCUCGCAAGUGGAGAGCGUCGGGGCGUCGCAGCCCUCCGCGCAGCGUGCCUCGUGCUUCGACAGAAGGGGCAAUGGGCGAGAGCCUUACAUCUUAUAAUCAGAUGGCAGACCGCCCGCGGUGACGCACGUGCGGCAAACGCUCGGGCGCUGUGGACGCGCGCGUGGCGUCUACGUAGCGAGCUAGAGGGACGCGCUGCAUUAUACGCGCGCCCUAGGACUGACCCCGAUCAGACAAAAUCUACAUGCCUGGACUACAGUCAACUGGAACUACGUAAUCCUGUAGAAAAACAAAACAAAAAUACAGAUAUUAAUACACUUCUCAGCGAAGCUAAAAACAAUGCCAAAGACAAAAGUUGCCAAAACGAAUGUGCCAAAAAAGUAUCAAUACCGACCCAGUAUAAACCCAUACAUAAUAAGAGCGAGACGGGGAGAAAGAGCUGCUCCUUGAGGAAGAAAGAGAUAAAAGAUGCGGACUACACGCCUUUCGUGUCUGACCAUUUGAUAAAGACUUAUUAAGAUAAGUUUAGUUAAAUAUAAGAUGUGUUUUAAGCUAUUUUGAGCGGGAAUAUUACCAAGAUAUACGGCAAAUCAAUUUAUUUGGAAUAAAAGCAGAUUUUAUGUAACAGUUACAUAACAAGACUUUUAGAACCUAGUUAUGUUUAUGUGACAUUACAUUCCCUUAUCUACGGCAGAAGAACAGCUUAGGUAUUUUAAUAAAAAAUGGUCGCAUAAAACAAGCUUAAAUUGUAAGUGCAAAAAUAUUGACAAAGUAAAAUAGGUAGUGUUAUAAUGUACUCUUAUAACACCGUAAACAGUACUAUUUUAUAUUUGAGUAAAUAUGUUAAGUUAAUACUGCUGUGAGUCAUUUAAAGGCUUCUACAGACGUUGCGACAAUUGGCAUGCGAUUUUAUAUAUUGCCGGCUAAGUAGGAACAACGAAUUCAGUCGAUCAAUCAAAUGCCGCAAUGUGUUGCAAAUUGUAUGUGAUUAUAGUUCUAGGUGACGUUUGUAGAGGCUAUAAUUUGACAGAUUGAAGUGCUGCAGUGAAAAUAUUUUUUUUAUUUAAAUAAAUAGGUACCUAAUUAAUUCACCUGAAUAAAAAAUAAAGGUGUUGUAAUGUAAAUACAGCUCAAUUUGAAUUGCUUUGUAAAUAUUGGAAUUGAUAUAAGUAAUUAAGUCAGUUGGGGCAAGUGGAACAUAGGGGCAAAUGCGCCUACCCUAGAUACACCCGUACUCUGUACCCGUAUAUAUGGUAUGAUAUAGCUUAGAGGUUAUACUAUGGCCGCACUUUACUCGGGAAAGGUUAAACAGUCAUGACGGUGGUGAACAAGCAUGUAGCGUCCUGAUGGAAAGCUGCUACCGUAGCCUAUGUACACGUGCGGUUACACGGAUAGUACUGUAAUACUUAAGUAGUAAGUUUUUUUUAUAAUUUACGGUUGCAUUUAGGGUAGGCGCACUUGCCUCGUGGGUGUAUUUAUCCCAUCAGACAAUAUUACCACAACGCAAUGUAUUUUUAUGACAAUCUUCUUAGUAGGUCACUCACUUCUUAAGAAUUGUCAAGAUGUUAAUGUAUAAUUAGUAUUAGGCCCCUGUUGCACUAAUAUGACAAUUCUCAUGACACUGACAAUUACCUGUAGGUAAAUAGGUAACGAUACAGGCAUGUACAGUCAACAGAGAAAAGUGACCCCCCUUGUAUAGUUUGUAUGCAAAGCUGCUAAGGGAAUAGUAUUGCUGACUGUUCCUACUUGUUGGAUCAGAAAUGUACGGUGAUUGUCAAUGUUGGGGGACAGUUGUAAGUCUGACUUUCCACUGAGAUGAAGAUGAGAAGAGGUGUGCGGAAAUCCACCAAUAAAUAGAAAUUGUUUAUUUCACAUUUAUCAAACUGCACAACGGGACUUAAUCGCGUAUUUAAGUUUUAAGAUUUACCUCCGACGUUAAGAGGACGGCGUUGUCCCCGUGGUCUCGGAGAAGACU